CAACUUCAAACACUUUCGCGUGUUCUAACUUCUAUCUCGUCUUCCCUUUCCCUCUCCAUCUGAGAUAAAAUUGAAAAUUGCGAACAAAAUAAACGAAAUAUAUUCAUAAAUUGAAAAAAUUUUGAUGCAAGGAGGCGGAGGCGAGGAAGUGAGCAUGGAGGAGCUCGCUUCCAAUCUUUCCACCUACAAAGAGCAACUCCAUCAGGUCUGUCAACUUUUGGCAAAUGAUCCUGGAAAUUCUGAAUAUGCGGAUAUGGAGAAGGAGCUGCAGGAGGUAAUUGCAUUGACAGAAGAGCUCCUUUCAACUGUUCGGCAGAAUGAGAUAUCACCUGAUGUGGAGCCUAGAGCCAGUGAGUCUCCUACUUUGCCCUAUGCUAAAGGGAGCAAAAUGGAAUUAGGAAGUGUUUCUGAAGAUCCUGAAAAGUUUCCCGUUGGCACAAAAGUCCAGGCUGUUUGGAGUGAAGAUGGUGAAUGGUAUGAUGCUACGAUUGAGGCUCUAACUCCAAAUGGGUAUUAUGUUUCCUAUGAUGAAUGGGGAAAUAGGGAAGAGGUGGAUCCUGCCAAUGUAAGGCCAGUUCAGUACGAUGCUUUGCUGGAAGCUGAAAGGGUAGCCGAAGCAACAAAACAGGCUAUCAAGCGGAAGAUUGCGCAAGCUGCAUCUUUUGACUUUCAGUCUCGAAGCUUACCAGCAAAGCUCCGUAUAGAGUCAGAUGAUCCUGAGGAAGUGAAAGCUGCCAAGCGCAAGAAGAUUCAUUCUUUUAAGUCGAAGAUGCGGAUGGAACAACUCGAGGUAACUCAAAAUAAGAGGCAGAAUGCUUGGCAGCAGUUCCAGACAACCAAAGGCAGGGCUAAGAAGAUUGGUUUCUUUUCGGGACGUAAGCGAGAAAGCAUCUUCAAGUCUCCUGAAGAUCCCCAAGGUAAGGUUGGUGUGACUGGAAGUGGGAAAGGUCUGACAGAGUUCCAAAGAAGGGAAAAGCACUUGCAUCUCAAGGGUGGUGGAAAUGAGCAAACUGAUGAGUAGAGUGCAAUGAGGUCCUGCUAGGCUGCUAUCCUUUUCGUUUACCUCACAUGUACCUGCUUCGUUGGUCAUAUUGACACCCAACUGGUUCCAUGUAGAGUUUUGGAUAUGCGAAGUGUCAAUUUAGAAAUCCCUGGUGAUUCUAAUUGGUUAUAGCAUAUGGCUUCCUGGCAUAUACAUGCUUAGAAAGCAGAGUUGUAUCAUAGAUAUGUUUUUUUUUUUUUUUUUUCCUUUUAUAUUCAUGGAUGUUGGAAGGGAAGUUUAUGUUUGGGUUAUAACUUGCAGAGUUUGGGGUUUCCUUGUGUCCAGCCCGCGGGUUUUGAUAGGUUGACCCACGUCCCACCGGACCAAGAAAUGUAUUGAAAUGGGGUGGCAUGCAAUCAAAUUCACAUAGAAGUCUCUCCUGCACUUGAGCAUUACCCCUUUUGAACAUAAUUUUAACAUAUGCAGAGUUUAUGCAGCAGAA